AACAAAGGGAAUGUUUUAAAUACAAAGUAGAAGUAUCAAACGGAAACCCUCUGCAAUUCACAUAGUAGACGUAAUGGGAAACAUUCUAGAGUUUGGGCAGGAAAAGCACCGUAUCUUUAUAUCUGCGCCCUAGAAAAGGUGUCCUGUUACGGCGUAAGUAACACCAGUAAGCGCUGCUGCCAGAAGUGAGCGCCUUCUGACUUCCCGACUCCUGCUCGCAUGCGCUCAGUGCCCGGCAGUGAUUGCGUGGCUGCCGGAGUGACCUUUCACACAGCCCUCUCCAGGGCAGGCUUAACCCUUGGAAUGCGCACCGCUCUUCCUCACGCUCCCCCUAAGCACAAGACAAGAAGCAGGACCGCACUCUGACGCCAGACUCCCUCUGCAGCUGAGCUCAUUUAGCACCAAAUCGCAUCCUGUGUUCACAGAGUAAGUGCUCAGAGCACUGCAGGAGCUGGGAGGUUCCAGCCAUGCUCCCUUCCCAGGCUCUCCUGCCUGCUGUGGUGCUUGCACUCACAGCCCUUCAGGCCCUUGCCUCCGACACCUUCAUCGCAGCCGUCUACGAGCAUGCCGUCAUCCUGCCUGAUCCCACCGAGGAGCCCAUUUCCCCCGAUGAUGCUUUGGCCCUGAUGAACAAAAACAUGGAUGUCUUGGAAAGGGCCAUCAAGGAAGCUGCCCAGAAGGGUGCCCACAUCAUUGUGACUCCUGAAGAUGGCAUCUACGGCUGGCGAUUCACAAGAGAAUCCAUCUACCCUUACCUGGAGGAUAUCCCUGAUCCAGUGGUGAAUUGGAUUCCCUGCACUGACCCCUCAAGAUUUGGUCCAGCACCAGUGCAGGAACGACUCAGCUGCAUGGCCAGAAAUAACUCCAUCUAUGUGGUUGCAAAUAUUGGGGACAAGAAGCCCUGUAACUCCAGUGAUCCCAAAUGCCCCAGUGAUGGUCGCUACCACUACAAUACAGAUGUUGUCUUUGACCCACAGGGGAAACUGGUGGCUCGUUACCACAAGUAUAAUCUUUUUAUGGGAGAAAGUCAGUUUAAUUACCCAAAAGAACCAGAAGCUGUCACCUUUGAGACUCCUUUUGGGAAGUUUGGCAUUUUCACUUGCUUUGACAUCCUCUUCUAUGAGCCUGCUGUGGUCCUGGUGAGCAAGAUGCAGGUGGACACUGUGCUCUUCCCAACAGCUUGGAUGAAUGUCCUGCCUUUUCUGACUGCAGUUGAGUUUCACUCUUCCUGGGCUAUGGGCAUGCGUGUCAAUGUCUUAGCUGCCAAUACUCACAACACCAGCAUGGCAAUGACAGGGAGCGGCAUUUAUGCACCAGCUGGAGCCAGAGCAUACUCCUACAACAUGAAAACUGAAGACGGUCACCUCCUCAUUGCCGAACUGGAUGCACACCCUCGUCUUUCUCCUGCCUCCCCGCCUGCUGUCAGCUGGAACUCAUAUGCUUUGAGUGUUGAAAGAUUCUCACAGAAUGACCAUGAAUUCACUGGAAUCAUCUUUGAAGACCCCUUUACUUUCACUGAGCUCACUAAGCCUGGGGGGAAUCUCACUCUCUGCCAAAAAGACCUCUGCUGUCACUUGAGCUACAAGAUGGCAGAGAAAAGAGAUGAUGAAGUUUAUGUGCUGGGUGCUUUUGAUGGCCUUCAUGUUGUUGAAGGACAGUACUAUCUGCAGAUCUGCACACUGCUCAAGUGCCCAAGCACAAACCUGAGCACGUGUGGGCAGCCCGUGGAGAUGGCUCAGACCAAGUUUGAGAUGUUCUCCCUCAGCGGCACGUUUGGCACCAGCUACGUCUUCCCAGAAGUGCUGUACAGUGGGGUGCAGCUGGCCCCUGGGGAGUUCGAGGUGCUAACUGAUGGACGUCUGAGAAGUCGGGCUCCUACAUCAAAGCCAGUUUUGAGUGUAACACUCUUUGGGAGGUGGUACGAAAAGGACCUUCCACACACACAUCAAGCUUCACCAUGAUUUCACUGCAGAUCCUUUAAGACUUCAUCUGCUUGUUUCUGUAAUGCUAAUUAAUCACAAAUAAUGGUAAUUAUUACUAACAAUGGUAAUUAAUACUAAUAUUCAUAUUAUAAUGGCAUUCUAUUUCUCAAGUUGCCUUAUCUAACAGCAUAGUCACUGCACAUUGAUUUAUUGACUUGAUUCUGCAGCAAAAAGAAAUAUUCCACUGGA